ACAUUCUGUGCACUCUGUGCAUUCUCUUCGACUCGCAAUUCCUCGACGUGAAUUGGAUGCCAGCUUUCAACACUUGGCUUCCUUGUGGCCGAGGAGGAGGAGGAGCAGUUUCUGGGCGAGAGCGAGCGAGGGCAGCAGUGUUUUGCAAUCGCCGGAGACGAAGAAAAAAUCUGGAUUUUGCCGCUGGUGAUUUGUGCUUUUAGAACGUGAAGCUGCUGCUGCUGUGGUUUUAUUUUCGGCUUCCACGAACCGGAGGAGCCCUAACAAUGCUACGGAAGUUUGUGCAAUGACAUCGUGGAUCAGGAGCAGCACCCGGAGAGGGCCGCUCUCGGUGGGGAGGCUCGUCUCCGCUUCUCGAAUUGGUGCUUUUUGCUUCGGUUGCCGGCCAGUCUGGUGGCGAUCUUUUUUUGCUGGUUCUGCGGCGGGUCGGGAUCUUUGUGGGAACAGUCGGGUCGACGCUUUGAGCAGUGAACUAGCUCGAGCUCGAGCGUUCUCGGAGGACGCUUUUGUAGUCAGUCGCCGUGCCGGUCUCCUUCGUUCUCCGGCGAGCUCUGGCCUCCAUCAUGAUGGGCACCGUUGCAUUUGUUCGGCGGUGGUCUGUGUUGAUCGUCGGAUCACAGAAUUUUCUACACAAUUUUGUGCCCUGGUACCAGCAGCACCGCUUUUUCGAGGGAUCCGAUUUUACUCGUCUCAUUCACAGCGGGACGACAAUUCUGAUGGAUUCGGAGUGGACGACGUUGUCGCUCGCGGAUGGCACAUUUCCGAUGAGGCCGAGAGUGACUGGCGCGGUCAUGCGGCUGCAAUUGCCCGGUCCAUCCAACUUAUCAGAACAAGGAUGCAGUGGAACACGUUGCUGUCUAGACUGAGGCAGCUUGAUGUUGAACUCGAGAAACCCGACCUUUGGAGUGAUCCAGUUCAGGCUUCGAAAAUCAGCCGUGAAAAGGGUACACUCGCAGGGCGCUUGAAAGCAGUGAAUGAGAUGGAAUCAGAACUCAUAGAGCAAAUUGGCAUGGCUGAGCUGGCCCGAGAAGAGAAGGACUCUCAAAUCGAAGCAGAGGCAACCGAAGCAUUAGCUGCAUUGCGGACACUGGCGAAAGAAAAGGAGCUUGCGGCUUUGCUUUCUGGAGAGCAUGACGAGUGCUCUUGCUUCUUAGAGGUGCAGGCAGGAGCUGGAGGUGUGGAAAGCAUGGAUUGGGCCUCCAUGCUCAUUCGUAUGUAUAGAAUGUGGGGACUUCGGAGGGGUUAUGAAGUUUCUACGAUUGAGGAGAUGUUUGGUGAGGAAGCGGGAAUCAAGAGGGCCACAAUCCGCCUUGAUGGCCAGUUUGGUUACGGGUAUGCCAAGAGUGAAGCUGGCGUGCACAGAUUGGUACGCAUUUCUCCAUUUGAUGCCGGCAAGAGAAGACACACUUCAUUUGCAGCCGUGGCAGUAAUGCCAGUGCUGGAUGAGUCGGCCAUCAAAAUUGACAUUGAUGAAUCUGAUCUACGUAUUGAGAGGUAUCGAGCUGGUGGUGCCGGUGGUCAGCAUGUUAACAAGACAGAGAGCGCUGUACGUAUCGUGCAUAUUCCAACUGGCAUUGUCGUUCAGUGUCAAGCUGACAGAUCACAGCAUCGUAACAAAGCGACUGCUUUAGGAGUUCUGCAAUCACGCCUUUACCAAAUGGAAACAGCGCGACGAGCGCAGGCCUCUGCUCAGCACACGGAGACGUUGGGAGAUAUCACAUGGGGAAACCAAAUACGUUCUUAUGUCCUGCAGCCAUAUCAGAUGGUGAAGGAUUUGCGGACCGGUCACGAGGUGGGUAACCCUACAGCUGUACUUGACGGUGAUAUUGAUGGGUUUAUCUUGAGCUAUCUCGCCAGUCAAGUAAGGGACGCCAAGUAGAACCAAAGCACAGGACUGAAACUUCGGCAGUCAUCUCACAAACAUUCGAAAUAGGAGAACUAUACGGCAAGGUGCAACAGCUCUGGUAAUCCUCCACCAUUCGCCGCCCUGUGAAUGUUGACGCUAAAGUAUCCUUGGCACUUUCUGGUCUUGUGUACUUGAACUACCAUUCUCAGAGAUUAUUGUCAUCAUGUUAACCGGUAUGGGCUGUCAUUCUUUCAGUCUUUCUUUACUCAGUUCUGAAAAUAUAGUUCUAAGCUGUUGGUGGUUCGGGGUUCUCUUUCUCGCGUUGGAUUGGAGGACCAAACCGCACAUUCGUGUGACUGCGUUGGUUAGAUUCGGGCCAUGGAGAUUACCCUUCAAGGAAGCCUACAAGUCCUCUGUACAACGUCUUUCCUUGUGACAAGGAGCACGUUCGAAGCUUUUUUGUUCCACUCUCUGCGCAGACUUCUCUCACUGUAAAACUAUUUACUGCCAGCACAUAACUGCGAGUGUCCUACAAAGUUAGAUUCAUGAAGAGAGAGUAUUAGUCCGACCAGGGACCAAAUGACAGUUUUCUUAUGCCUCUUGUUGAUACACGAGCAACGCUGGAGAGUCCUCUGUACUCCUGAAUGGUUAUAGUGAUUUACAUUUUCUAGGAAGUUGUACGGAAUUUUCUGAAACGAUGAUUUAUUGAAAUUGCCUUAGAAGUUGGAUUUGGCGGAAGUUCAAAGAGACCGAUUCCACUCGGAAGACCGUAACUCGUGGAUGGCACUGAGUUUGGAAUACGUGAGGUGCCCAUUCGACUCAGGAAUAUUAUGAUGUAUAUGAUGAAAACCAUGUAAUAUUCGUCCUCAGAAUGGCCGUGGACGGAUAGUGGUAGUUGAAUUUUUGUCUACAGAGUAUUCAGUGACGAUCGAACAUUAUAUCCUAACGGCAUGAAUAGUGAGGAAAGGCAGUGUAUCGAGUGACGAUCAAACAGUUUGUUCCAACAGCGUCCAGCUAGUGUGUCGUUCGUCGUUUGCACUUCCAGGGGAAAUUAACGCAGUG